AUGUCCCUAUGUAAAGUCCACCUCAAAAGAAAACUUAUCUCUUCCCAGCGCAUAGCCCUUCUACUUAUCUCAAAGGCCUACAGGACGACACCAAAUGUCAGCCUACAAGUCAUUACUCGCAAGCCGCCUAUUGUGGAUAUCAUCAAUCUCUACUACAACUUCUGGAGCCUUAAAUGGGGUCAUGAUAUCAGCACAUUCAGCUGCAACAUCUCAGCUAAUCAGCUUGAAAGAAACAAUCCCGUUGACACCAUUCCUCCAUAUGUCCACAACUAUCUAAACAUCAACCCUCCGCAGUACAGCGAUGUCCAAAUAUUUACAGAUGGCUCAAAACUUGACAGCAAGGUUGGCUGUGCCUUCGUGGCUUACAAGGAUGACCAUGAAAUUCACAGUGAACAGUACAGGUUAUCUGACCACUGUACUGCAUUUCAGGCAGAGCUAACUGCUAUUGGCAAGGCCACCAACUGGGUUUCGGCACACUACAAGCAUGCAACUAUAGUCAUACUCACAGACUGUCUUUCUGCUCUUUCUAUCAUUAACAGCAAGAAACAACACCCCAUCGCAACUAACAUCAGAAAGCACCUCAGCAACUCAACAAACCACCUCUACAUUAAUUGGACUCGUGGUCAUCAGGGUACUGCCGGAAAUGAGCGGGCCAACCAACUGGCAAAGGCAGCAGCCAACAAUGACUCCUUGGACAUAGCCUAUGACAAAAUUAGUCACUCUGCUAUUAAAAACUUGCUUUUCGAAGAUCUUCUUUACUCUUGGCAGUGUAACUGGAAUGACAACCACAAUAACACUACUUUUAGUUACAUUCCGGACAUUAAGGAUUACUUCAAAUUCAACUGGAUACAGCUCAAUACCCACUUAUGUCAGUUCCUAACAAAUCAUGGAAAGUUCUCCAGUUAUCUCCACAGGUUUGCCAUCAAGGACACCCCACUGUGCGCCAUUUGUAAUGAAGUUGAUGACACCGACCAUCACAUUUUCAGCUGUGUGUGCCUGGAAACUGAACGUUCGAACAUCAAGCUAAUAGCCUCCAAAAAUAACAUCCCCUGGCCAUGCCACCACAAGGAGUUUCUUCAGAACAAAGAACUGUAUACAGCCUUUGAUGCACUUGUGAAAAAACAUGGUGUUAUCUCUACUGCCACCUCCAACCAGUAA